CUGAAGGAGAUGGUUGAUUUCCUUCUGGUGCGGGACGCUGACCCCUACUUGACGGAUAAGGGGGGCAAGAACUUCGUGCAACUGGCCAAUGAGGCGGACCAUUCCAACGCAGUAGCCCCACAUCUGUCCAAAUUUCUCACACACUCUUCUCCGUCGCAGCUGGGGAAUAUGGGGAAAAACCAGCCAGUUGCACUUCGCAAACAUAGUGCCACUGCGUCACCCAGCACUUCCAGGGUACCCCUGUCGAACCCGCCUAUCAAUCCACCUCGCAGACGCAACUCCAAACUAGAGCAGUCCCCCAUGAAUUUGAGAGGAGGCUCAGGAUCUCCAUCGCCAUCCUCGCCCUCUAUGAUGAUCACAGAACAGAGAAACUCUCAAAUCAGCACUGCCUCUUCCCAUAGCAGCAGCAGCUCUUCUGCCGGAAUGACCUCCCAUCCUAGCCAGUCUCAGAGCCAGCCCCCUGCCAAGCCCACUAGCGAAAAACCAUCCUUAUACGCAUCCAAUUGCAGUUCAAUCAGAGAAGUCGAACAACAAAACAGCGAAGAUGGAGUCGGACAUCAGGUGUCAGCUUCUGCCCUUGCCACUCGUGAUAAGGACAAGGACAUCUACACUAGACAGUUGGAGGCUAAGAAUGCGGAGUUGAUGAGGGAACAGCUGGAAAUGCAGAAGAAGCUGGAAGUGAUGAUGAAGGAGCAGAGAAGGGAAAGGGACCAGCAACAGAUAGUCGGAGGUGAGACAAACGAGAAAGUGAGUCGUCUUGAAGAGACAGUUCGGCAGCUGAUGACGUCACUGGACCAACAGCAGCAGCAGAAGAGUCAAAGCAGAGAGACCUCUCUCCCAUCUUCUGCCUCUUACAACAUGCAGUGCAGUCCCCCCGAUACCUUCCAGCCGAAACACAUGAUUGCACACUCACAGUCGAUGGGUCUACUCAGAACAGCUACUGACCACGGUAUGACUUCUGGCUCUUCCACCGAAGCCUCCCCCGAGAAGCGAAGUGGGAAUAAUGGUGACCAGCAGAUGCCACCGCCUCCUCCCCCUCAACUGUUAUCGAGUACACAACACAGUGGAUUCCAAAACUACUUCAACAUGAGCUCCGUAGGAUUGCCAGUAGACAGAGGAGGAGCACUCGACAGACAGCGCAACAGCCAGUCCUCCGACUCUGGCUACUCGGCUGCCGGAAUAUCCCCCACCUCUUCCACCCGUGGGGGGAUAACUGCCGCUAGAAAUCUCCUCUCACAACCCCACUUGAAUCAGAUGACAAACAGAGAAAUGAGGGCAGAGCUGGAGACGGCAACACAAUGUUUGAAGGAACUCACUCAUCAACAGAGCAAAAUGCAACAGGCGUUGGACGUGCAGGCACGUGCAAUCAGCUCAGUCAGUGCAACUGUUCAAGCAUUGCACGAAGCCCUGCACAGACCACAAUCAACAAAUGGUCACGUGACCUGCAUUGCCCAUCUCCCCUCCUCGGGUCAACAUCCACCCCACACGCCACCCGUGUUGCCGCCACUCAGCAGCGCCAGUUUGGGGAGUCCGCAGCAGGUUCAGUCGAGCCAAUCUGGAAGAAAAUUAACGAAUCGGGUUUCGAUGUUUGAAAAACAUGUCUAAAGAUGUUCGACAAUCAAAAAGAAUGAUGCCAGUCAGUCGAAGGAAUUACAACAUUAAGUUACAAAUCUCAUUGUGUGCUGCCAUUUCGUCUGAGAGUUUGGGAAAUUGAGGAGGUUUAGUGAAACUUAGUUUAGAGUUCAGUUUAUUUACUUCUAAUAGAACCUUUUUUUAGUAGAAAACUUCAUAUCAUUUACAAAAUAGCUCUGUUAAAUGUUAAAUCAAAUUUAGAUAUCACCCAAAUAAAUUCGCCAUAAUAAUGUUUAAAAUUAUUCUGAAUUAUAUAUUUUAUUGAUUGAAUAUUCAUGUUUCCAUUUUUUUGUUCCAAAAUUGAUUUCUCGGCUCACUGU